CCUCCCAACGGCCCGACCUCCGCCGCGUGCCCCGAGGCCGACCGGAACGCGCGGGCCCUUUAAGGGCCGGGGGCGUGUAGCGGCCCGCCCCCUCCCCGCCGCGCCCGGCCGCCGGUUAAAGGGGCCGCGCCCUGGGCCCCCGCCGAGUGCGAGCCCGGGCGGAGGGCAGGGCAGGGCGUGCGUCCGGGCGAGCGCGCGGGCUGGCUGCCCGUCCGCACCAUGUACACCAUCACCAAGGGGCCCAGCAAGCUGGUCGCCCAGCGCCGCACAGGUCCCUCGCAGCAGCAGGUGGAGAGCAGGCUCGGCGAGCUCCUGAAAUGCCGGCAGCCCGCGCCGCCGACCCCAUCGCCCCCGCGGGCUCAGCCGCCGGGACCCUGGCCCCUGUCGAGUGGCCCUCUCAGCCAAGGAGGACCCCCGAGCGGCGGUGGGGCACCUGAGCCCAGGAAGGCGAGCAGGCCGGCGGGACCGCGAGUGCCUGGCGGAGUGGCACGUGCAGCCCAGGACUCCCGGCUCCCACCUCCUGCUGUAGCGUGGCAGCAAGUGGAGCAGCAGCUGGGUGGUGGCCCAGCUGGCGAGAGUGGGCCCAGGCCCGUGCAGUAUGUGGAGAAGACCCCCAACCCCCGGCUGCAGAGUGAGCCCUCCCCUGCCCUCAGGGAGUCCCCCCCACUCCCUCUGACCCUGACCUGGGCCCUGCUGGGUUCUAGCCCCAGGGGAUUGGGGAGGGCGCUUGAACUUGACCCGCUUUUUCCUAGCGCUUGCUACAUUUGGGCCUGGGUGAAGGGCUUGUGGUCAGCUCACAGGGAGAGACACUGACCGACCUGGAAGGCAGCGUCACUGCCCAGCCUUCUACUGUGCCCGCAGACUUCGUGCCCAUUGACCUGGAUGAGUGGUGGGCGCAGCAGUUCCUGGCCAGAAUCACUAACUGCUCCUAGCCACCUUGGAAGGAACCGCUCCCCUGCAGGGCCCAAAUGAGCCUCAUGGUGGACCCCUGCCAGGAGAGGACCGCGGCGCCCUGAUGAACUGCUGAGGCGGACCAUGCUCCACCCUGAGCCCGGCCAGGCGCCGGCCACACCUGAAGUGCCAGCAUUUGGACUUUUGCACCUGCUGACCCCUUGGCCCGGCUGUCCCAUGCUGCCAGGGGCUGAAACUGUCUGACCUCAAUCCUGCUCACUGUGCCCAGGGACCAGCCCCUAGGGCUGGCAGGGAGGAGCUCCAGGCUAAUAAUAAAGUCGAGAAACUGCC